AUGGUGAACAUUACGGAGAAGAUCAAGGAGAUUGAAGAUGAAAUGCGCCGGACGCAGAAGAACAAGGCGACAGAGUAUCAUUUGGGUUUAUUGAAGGGUAAACUCGCUCGUCUACGAGCCCAGCUCCUUGAGCCCGUGGGAGGUGCUGGCUCUGGUGGUGGCAGUGGCUUCGAUGUUAGCAAAAGUGGCGAUGCGCGUGUCGCACUGGUUGGCUUUCCCUCUGUCGGAAAGUCUACUUUCCUGUCCAAGAUCACCAAGACCAAAAGUGAGGCGGCGUCUUACAGCUUCACGACACUGACUGCCAUCCCCGGUGUGCUGGAGUAUGGGGGUGCAGAGAUCCAGAUUCUUGAUUUGCCUGGUAUCAUUGAGGGAGCCUCAGAGGGCAAGGGUCGUGGUCGGCAAGUGAUUUCCGCGGCAAAGACUAGUGAUUUGAUUCUCAUGGUGCUGGAUGCCACCAAGCGAGCAGAGCAGCGUGCACUGCUGGAGGCUGAACUGGAUGCCGUGGGCAUUCGACUGAACAAGGAACCACCCAACAUUUAUCUCAAGGUGAAAAAGGCCGGUGGCAUGAAGAUCACUUUCCAGGUACCGCCCAAGGUCUUGGACGAGAAGAUCAUUUACAAUGUUCUUCGCGACUACAAGAUUCUCAACUGCGAAGUCUUAGUCCGAGACGAGAACGCGACCAUCGAUGACUUUAUUGAUGUGAUCAUGAAAGAUCACCGCAAGUACAUUCGCUGCUUGUACGUCUACAAUAAGAUUGAUAGUGUCAGCUUGGAAUUCCUCGAUCAACUGGCUCGCGAGCCCCACACCGCGGUCAUGUCCUGUGAGCUUGACCUCGGGGUUCAGGAAGUCGUCGAGCGCAUCUGGAAGGAGCUGCGGUUGAUGCGUCUAUACACCAAGCGAAAGGGAGAAGAGCCUGACUUUAGUGAGGCUCUAAUUGUGCGCCAGGACUCGAGUAUCGAAGACGUGUGCGACCAGAUUCAUCGCACGCUCAAGGAGACGUUCAAAUAUGCCAUGGUGUGGGGUGCGAGCGCGCGACAUGUGCCUCAACGAGUAGGAUUGGGACACAUGGUUGCGGACGAAGACGUGGUAUCCAUCGUUGCCAAAUAG